ACGUAAAUACUAAAUAAUAAAAAAUAUUCAAACAGACAUCUUGGUUGUCGACAGGUUGUUUAUUCGUGAAUUCGUGAUACGGAGAGACUUUUUGUAUUUCUUUUAUAAUUGUAUCCUAUACGUUGUAACUUAAAGUUUGAGUAGUUCAUGAUGUUAGACGAGCUGGCCAUCGAUUAUUCCGAGUACUUAAAAGUCAACAAUGAAAAUGAGGUUAGCGCGUUAAAAGAUGUAGUCGAAGAUAUGCUUACCAGAUUGGAAGAGUUUCAGACAUUUAUGGAAAUGGUCCGUGCAUUACGAAUGGAAAGUACUGAGAUGCAUUAUGAUUCAAUAAAAGCUAUGAAGUCCAAGGUUACUGAACUAACAGAUUCUGUAAACAAAUUAGAAAAGCUUGUUAAUAAAGUUGGUGAAGACGUAGAAUUAGUCGACCAACAACUAACUGAAGCUGAGGCUUGUAUGCCUAUUAAUAAGGAAGGUCCACUGAAUACAAUUUUGAAACCCUUUUUUAAAAAACAAGAAGACCAUUCUUCUAAGCAAUUACCUGCCUAUGAACCGCCAGUAAUUUUUAAGUCAGACGAUUAUUUUCUGGCAACAGAAGCAGAAGAUGCACUCAAAAUUAUUGAAAAUGAUGCUGCCACUAAUAAUUAACUAAAAAAAAAUUACUUUAUUUAUUUUUAAAAUUAUGUAUGGGAUUAAGCUAGUAUAAUAUACAUUAUAUAUUAUAAUAGUGUUACAUACAUCUACAUGUUGUAAAUUAUUGUUUAUUUUUUAGAUUAAAUACUUAUUAUUUUUAUAAUAAUUGUUUAAUUGUUUUCGCUGCAAAUAUUAGUUGUUAAAAGAGCCAGUUGAAUAGGAUGGUUGAUUGAUUUUUAUAACUAUUGUGUAUUGUUGAUAUAUACUAUAAAAGUUACAAGCAAAUAAUAAUAGUACAAUAGUUUAUUACAAAUACAUAUAUAAAAAUAAUUUGAAA